AUGACAUCAGAAGUUCCAAUACAUAUUCUUCUCGUCUCUUAUCCAGCACAAGGACACAUAACUCCUCUUCUCCGACUAGGAAAAUGUCUUGCCGCAAAAGGUGCCUCUGUGAUUUUCACAACAUCAGAAAAAGCUGGCAAAACCAUGCGAACCGCUAACAAUAUCACCGACAAAUUAGCUAUUCCGAUUGGCGACGGCUCUCUCACUUUCGACUUCUUUGACGACGGUGAUGGCACUAGACCAGACUUGGGCUACCAUGCACGAGUUGAGCUCGCCGGGAGAAACUUCAUUUCUGAGAUGAUCAAGAAUCACGCUGAUUCAAACAGACCAAUAUCUUGCAUUAUAAACAACCCUUUUUUCGCAUGGGUUUCUGAUGUUGCUGCUCAACAUGAUAUUCCUUGUGCUUUAUCAUGGAUUCAUUCAAGUGCUGUUUUCGCAGCUUACUAUAACUAUGUCCAUAAUCUUGUACCUUUCCCUUCGAUUUCAGAGCCUUAUAUAGAUGUUGAAUUGCCUUUUGUAGUUCUUAAAUACGAUGAAGUCCCGGAUUUUAUACAUCCUCUUAAUCCAUAUCCAAUUCUAGGGGAACUCACCAUAGAACAGAUGAAGGACAUGUCUAAGGUGUUUUGCGUAUUGGUGGAUACAUGUGAAGAGUUGGAAUCUGAUAUCAUUGAUUAUCUUUUGAAACUGUCAAUUCCGGUAAGAUCCAUUGGUCCUUUGUUUAGGAAUCCAAUCAUUAAAGCAGUAAGCAAUGUUCGCGGUGAUUUUGGCAAAAGCGGCAAUGAUUAUGAUUCUGGUAUUAUAGAGUGGAUUAACACAAAGCCGAAAGGUUCUGUGGUUUAUAUAUCUUUUGGGACUGUGGUGGACCAUUCUCAAGAACAAGUGAAUGAAAUUGCGUAUGCGUUAUUGGAGGCAAAAGUUUCGUUUUUGUGGGCGAAAAAAAACCAUGUUUUCCCUGAUGGAUUCUUGGAGGAAACAAGUGAGAGUGGGAGAGGGAGAGUGGUGAAAUGGAGUCCACAGGAACAGGUACUUGCUCAUCCUUCAACAGCAUGUUACAUGACACACUGUGGUUGGAAUUCUACAAUGGAAGCAAUCGCUUUAGGUGUUCCGGUGUUGGCGUUUCCGUCAUUUGGGGACCAUCUUCCAAAUGCCAAGUUUUUGGUUGAUGUUUUUGGGGUAGGGGUUAAAAUGGGUCGCAAUGGUGCUGGCAAGACUGAUAUAUUGGUAACGAGAGAUGAGGUGAAGAAGUGCUUAUUGGAAGUAACAACGGGAGAAAAAGCAGAGACGUUGAAGAAAAAUGCAAUCAAGUGGAAGAAGGUGGCGGAGGAUGCGGUGGCCGUCGGUGGUUCCUCUCAACGACAUCUCGAUGCAUUUUUUGAAGACAUUAAGAAAUAUCGAUCUCUUAAUUAG